UACAAUGUUUAUACUUACAUUUACAUUAACAUUUAUUCAUUUAGCAGACGCUUUUAUCCAAAGCGACUUACAAAUGAGAAAAAUACAAGCAAAGCGAUAUAUCAAGCAGAGAACAAUACAAGUAGUGCUCCCAUGCAGGAUCUGUCAAUUGAGUUCCAGAAGAAGCAAAGUGCACAGAGUAGCGGUGUAAGUGCAAAAUUAUAUAUAUAUAUAUAUAUAUAUAUAUAACAUUAUUUUUUUUUAUGAGUUGGUUAGGUGUUCACGGAAGAGGUGGGUCUUUAGCUGUUUUUUAAAGAUGGUGAGAGAUUCUGUGGUCCGGAUUGAGGUUGGAAGUUCAUUCCACCACUGAGGAACAGUUAGCGUGAAGGUUCUGGAAAGGGACCUUGCGCCACGCUGAGUGGGAACUACUAAACGUCGGUCGCUAAUCGAUCGCAGAUUGCGUGAGGGAACGUAAGCCUUCAGGAGAGAGUUGAGGUAGGAGGGUGCUGUUCCUGACAAGGCCUUGUAGGUGAGCAUCAAGGCCUUGAAUUUGAUGCGGGCAGCUACAGGAAGACAGUGGAGGGAGAUGAAGAGGGGUGACAUGGGUUCUCUUGGGCUGGUUGAAGACGAGGCGUGCUGCUGCAUUCUGAAUCAUUUGAAGGGGUUUGAUGGAGCUGGCUGGGAGGCCCGAGAGUAGUGAGUUGCAGUAGUCCAGUUUUGAGAUAACAAGAGCCUGGACUAGUAUCUGUGUAGCCUGUUUGGUGAGGCAGGGUCAUAUUUUCUUGAUGUUGAACAGGAUGAACUUACAGGACCGUGCAGUCCUGUACUUCAUUAUACUUCAUUUAUUCUUUGUUGAGGCUUACCUUAUAGAUGGCUUGCAACUUGCUUAUCCGAGUUAAUGGUUGUAACUCCCAUCCCGAGGUGACGAUACAGAAGAAAUAUCCAAUCAUCUGUUUGAUUAGCUUGGCGAUGAGCUUCUGUCACACACCAAUCACACAAACAUUCAUCCAAACACUGAUUGUUGACUGGCAGCGAAUUCCCGUUGCGAGAUUAACAUUCGAGAUCAAAUCAAUGUGCUGAGAAAAAAAACCCAGAGAACUCUCACUGUUGUUUUUAGAUUCAUUCUGAUAUGUCACCGAAAUGCCUAGUUACAUUCAUUCAUCUUAAGGCGCUCCACGAAAUCACUUAGGUGCUGCGCCUAAGCCUUUCUAUAGUAGGGAAAACCCUGAUGUCCAUCUGAAUAUCAGGCACGGUAAACAGAAAAGCUAGGCUUGCCAUUAGUUUAGCUCUUAUGUUUAAACCACACUAAACCCAUGUUUGUGACACUUGUCCUUUUGUGUAAUUUGUACCUUGAUUGGAUGAUGUGUGCUUGGUCUAUUUACUUUUAGUAUUACCUCCAAGGGCAAAGGGGAAUAUAUGUUUUUUGGGGGUUUUUUUGGUUGUUUUUUGUUUUUUUUUCUUCAAAUUAUCAAAAAAGUAGUCCACUCCAUUCAUUUUUAUUACAUCUAUUCAUGUGCGCCUUCUCGGUCAAUGCUGAUCAUGCAUUGUGGGUUUACAUAGAUUAGCCCCAGUGGACAUUAAAUCACUAGGCUGGGUGAAUCUACAGUCUGGACUAGAAAGUAAUCAGCCCCAGUCUCUAAUUCAUAUAUGUGGUGGUGUUGUGUUUGUUGUUUUUUUUUCUUCUUAGAACUGCUGGUGGUACUGUAGUUUUUGGUGGAUGGAGAAAAAAUGUAAAAUUGUUAUUUUAUUUGUUAAAAGGAGAGCUUAGACUCUCUAAUCCAUUUAUACCUGCUAGCCCUGCAUCACAUAUUUCAUUUGUUACUUCUGCUGUACAAUGCUCAUGGUCCCUGAAGUGGUGUGGAAGCAUAAAACAGGAACCUGUCCAAGAAAUAUGUACUUCUCAUUCAAGAUAAUCUUGGAACUCUUUUGUUCCUCGAAUAAACCUCAAGGUGUUAAACAUACCACAACGGAUGUACUUAGUUUAACAGAUAUAGCUGAGUAAAAUGCAUACAGUUUGGUGUAAAGGAGUCUCCAUCAUCCAAUAUCAUUUUUGUUAAAUAAAAGAAUACAAUAAUACUAUAAGAUCCCUGAAAACAGCAAGGAGAAGAAUCUUGAGUUUUUAGCUGUUUUAAUGUAGGGUAGGACUAAGUCACGAAGAACAAAUUGUAAUGAAUUCCAUCUGUUUUGUUCAGGAGCUUAAAUUUGGCCAGUUGCAGAAGUGUGAAACACUGAACAUUAGAAAGAAAUGCAUGAAACUACACAAAGCUUUUGACUGCGUCUUUAACUGAAGAUUGUAUGUCGGGUUUUGUUUGAUGCAUCAAAAAAAAAGCAGAAAUUUAACUUCAAUGUAAAAAAAAAAAAAAAGCCAGUGUGAAUGUUGCCAAUUUGUCAAAGUGUAAUUUUUUUGUGUGUGUAAAUUAUACCAGGAUAAUGCAAGGAAUAGAACGUGGCCCAUAGAUCUUAGUAACACAGUAAAGUCUUGAGCUCAUUGUUCAGGGAAGAAUCCAAAAAAUGUUGUUGUUUUUUUUCUAAUGGAGAUAAAUAUAUUAGUUGCCAUUUUGUAUAAGGAAUAAAGCCUUUAGAAGGAACUCCAGGGAGGGGAUCACAGGACGAGAAAGACAUUUAAGACGGAGCUGCAUAUCUAGGACACCGAGUGUAAACAUUACUAUUGAUGCGAGUGGUGUUAAAAGUGCAUUACGUGACCACAUGAAGAAUACUUUGCCUUUUGGAACUGUGGUUUUCCUUUUUUUUAAAGAGAAAUGAUUACAGCUGGUGCUUUGAAUCUUUUGUUUUGUCAUUUCAUCACAGGUUCGAAUUAUAUUAUGCUAAUGGAACAUGCAAUGACACUGUGUUUUACAAAUAUCUUGUUUAUAAUAGCAUUUAUCCUUCUCUGUCUAGUAGAUCUCCACUCUGAUUGGUCCUGAUGGUUAUAAAAACGCACCUCCGCUGCCCUCCAGGAAAGAAGGAUGUGAUAUCCUAUCAAAUUAAGGAAUUUCAGAGCUUUGAAACUUGUAAGACACAAAUCGCUCACUGUCAUUUAGAUGGAGGAAAGAGAGAGAAGUAGGAGUCGAUCCCCGCGUCGGGUUCGUCGGGUAGAGCAGGUUGUGGGGAGAUGGCUGCGCCGAUCACGAGACUCCCUCAGCAGGGAGCGUAUUCUUGGGGACAGGAAGUUGGGCCGUUCAGACGAUGGUGGUCAACAGCAUUUCCCAGUGAAGGAGACAGUGGAGGUGAUCAGAGAUGCUGUGCUGGACUCGCAUGGCUUUACACUCUCCACACAGCUCCCCCUGCUGGUCAGGGACGUUAUUCCAGGAGGACCAGCAGAUGGACGCCUCUUACCAGGUGAUCAAGUAUUGAAAGUGAAUAACAAAGCCAUUGAAGACUUAUCUCCUGAAUAUGUUGACAACAUGAUUAGGCAGUGCCAGGAUUCUCUAACCGUGACAGUCCUCAGAAACAUGAUGAACCCCAAGUCCUCGUUUAUGUCGGCAGAAAAGAGAGCUCGCCUGAGAAGAAAUCCGGUUAAAGUGCGCUUUGCCGAGGAAGUAUUAGUCAACGGACACACUCAGGGAAACUCCCUUCUCUUCCUGCCCAAUGUGCUUAAAGUCUACCUGGAGAAUGGGCAAACCAAAGCCUUCAAAUUUGAUAAGACCACCACAGUGAAGGACAUUGUGCUGACUUUAAAGGACAAGCUGUCAAUUCGCUCUAUUGAAUAUUUCUCCCUGGUGCUGGAGCAGCAAUACAGCAUCACCAAACUGCUGUUACUGCAUGAAGAUGAGCUCAUACAGAAGGUGGUCCAGAAGAAGGACUCGCAUGAUUACAGAUGUCUGUUCCGAGUGUGUUUUAUCCCUCGAGAUCCAGUGGACCUGCUGCACGAUGACCCAGUCGCCUUUGAGUACCUCUUUCACCAGAGCGUUGGGGAUGUGCUGCAGGAGCGGUUUGCAGUAGAGAUGAAAUGUAACACUGCUUUGAGGCUAGCAGCACUACAUAUGCAUGAAAGGUUGGCCAGCUGUGGACAAACUACCAGAGCAUCUAUCAAGAAUAUUACUAAGGAGUUUGGAUUAGAGAGUUUUAUUUCACCCACAUUACUGAGGAACAUGAGAGAGAAAGAUCUGCGGAAAGCUCUUGCAGGUCAUAUGAAGAAAAUCCAGUCACUGCUCGAACCGCGUCAAAAAGUAAUCUCGGUGCCUCAGGCCAGGUUGGCAUAUCUAACUCAGAUGGCAGAACUGGUAUCAUAUAGUGGGAGAACCUACAAUGCCACCAUGCUGCUGCAGGACCGGGAGUCGUUGGUGAGUUUGUUGGUGGGAGCACGAUUUGGUGUCAGUCAGAUACUAAACCACAAGCUGAACAUGAUCUCGACUAUUAUAGACUUCCAUUACAUCAGCCGUGUAGAAGUGCUCUCUGAGUCUGACAGGGUCAGCAUGCUGAAGAUCUACCUACAUGAUAUCCAGCCCCUGGCCUUGCUGAUGGAUUCUGUAGCCGCUAAGGACCUGGCAUGUCUGCUGGCAGGCUAUUGCAAAUUGUUAGUGGAUCCCAAUAUGAACGUGUUCCGCUGGGGCCCUCGCCCCAAAAUACGUCGUAUACCUUUAGAAGAAGGCUUUGGAUUCCGCUGUGGCAGUGACUCAGAGGAGAGCUCAGAUGAGGACUACACCAUGGACAACCUGCUAGACACACCAGUCUCUGAGGACACUGUCUCAACUCAAACAAACGAUGACCGAGAAGAUGAGAAAGAUGAGGAGAAAGAAGAGGCCAAAGCAAACACAGUAAGGGUGAUUGUGACCCAGAUAGAAGAAGAGGAGAAUGUAGUAGAAGGUGCUCUAGAAGGAACAAGUACAAGUGGCUCUAUUGAGGAUGAGGACUAUGCAGCAAGAGUAGAUGCACUUCUGGAAACAGGAUGGUACACAGACCCGAGAGUCAACAGCAGCUUCUCUAGUCUGUCCAGUAACUCGUUUAACACUCUUGAGGAGAUUAGCAAAGUAUCCACUACAUGGCCUGCUCGUUUGGCCACUUUUCAGGAGGAGAUGCCCAAAUCAGACCAGGCUACUGGGGCCUCUACCCUGGAUGUCCACCAUCCUUUCCUGCUAGAGAUCCCUGAACAUCUGAACCAGAAAGAGAAAUCAAACCGCCCCUCUGACUUCCUCUAUGAUAAGCACAGUGGCUUGCGGUACAGUGACCUCUCCCAAAUGUCUGACUCCCUUCCAAGCCCACCUGAAGCAAGUGAUGAUGCUCUGAGUGAUUUGGAAGAGAUUAAUAAAGAUGAAAACAAAAAUUAUAGACCUGCAGACAUUGACGCUGUGUUAGCCUCGGGUAGUAGUAAUAGCAUGAAAUCUACAGUAGCUGGCUUCAAUGUCCAAGCACUUUUAUCAAGGAUCCGUAGCCAUCCAACAUGUAAGAAAGAUCUGAGGAAUUCUAACCUCUACCAGAAAGAGGAAGCAAAGUCUAAAGGGACUUUGUCCAGACCAAAAGUUCAACCUCCACCUCCACCACUAAGAAUAGUAUCCAGAGUUUCUCAAAUAGCAAAGGACAGCAGAAACAGUGGGUCAGAAUCAGAAGAAGAGUUCUUUGAUGCACAGGAUCGUCUCACUCCACCAAUCUUGGAACAACCUGCAGAAAAGAAAGUAAAUGUGAAUGGAAUGGAACAUGCUCUGAGACAGACUGAUGCAAAGACCAGUGUGGAGGAACCAGCAGCAUCCAAGAUGCAAAGUCGAUUGGACAAGCCACACGAUAACUAUUCUUUACCUAUUAGUAGGAACACUCUAAAUAAGGACAUUUCUCUCCUUAAAGAUCUCACUCCUGCAAAAAAUAUUCUGGGUAAUAGAGAGCUGGAGGGUCACCAGCCAUCAGAGAUUCUGCUUCCUCAACCAGCCAUGCUUGAACCUAAUCCUAUCUCAAAUAAUCACAUCUCAGAGAAGAAGGGCCAACAAUGUAAUGGAGAUAUUACUGGCCGUAAUGCUCACAUAUCCUCUGAGCUUUUGGAGAUGGAGCCAGACACUAUGGAGUUUAAGCCUGUUACUUCAGCUGGACCACCACAGUCUUCCCCCUUAAUCACAGCAGUGCGGCAGACUAAAUCCCAGCUACCAAGCACAGUGGAUUCUGCAACAGUUUCGACUGAUACUCAGAAUAUUAUAAAACCUAUAGACUCUAAACAAGAUGAAAUAGUUAAAGAAGAGAAAACAGAAGAACACCAAUCACUGCCUCCUCUGCAGCCCAAGAAAGAAGUUUUUGCAGAACCCCCAGAACCUGACAAACCCAUAUCCAAAGUUUCUCACCCAUCAUCUGGUCAAGCUCUGAAAACUGAAGAUGUUUCAAAUGGGAUUUCUUUGCAUACUUGGUCCCAGUGGAACAGGGCCACCCCGGGCCCUCCUCUGAGUAAAGGGGUCUCUCUAAGCCAUGAGAAUCUUAAAUGCCAACUAAGAAAUGAGAAUACUGCAGUCACGGUGACCAGCGCUUCAACUCUUACAGCCACUCCUCCCCCAUCUGUGGCUAUGAGAGGCUCUAUAAGUAUGGAUCCCAAAGAUCCCUUUGGGAUUGGAAGGAGUUUUAGCAGCAGAGGUUCUUCUGGGCGUCUGUCCGCUUCAGCACUACGUGGAAAGAUCCAGGACAUGCCCUGGUAUCUCACCCGAUCCCAGGAAAUUUUGGGGACAGUUGCACUCAGCAGGGAUAAAUUAAUAGACACUAAAGCAUCUGAGGAUGCCACUGAUUACAAGGACUCUAAAAAGGAAUCGCCAAAAUCCACUUCAGUACCUGCUUUGAAUGAUUGGAAAGAGAAAGAUGCUGAAGUGGUUGUUGUGAAGCUCAAAGAUGGGCCACAAGAAGUAGCCUCGCAGGUAAAAGACACAAGUGGGAAAACGUCAUUGUCUGGUCAUCCAGACCUAAGGCAGAAUGGGUUACAAGACUCCACUGAACUUUUCUCACGCUUGGGAACAUGCAGGUCUGAACAGCCUAAGUCUCAAAAAAACACUGCUACAAAGGAUAAUCUGGAAACAUCAUCUCCUCCAUCUAGCACUGGCACACCCCACCGUGAUGCAUGUGGGUGCCAUACUGUUUAUGCCAAUUGCUUUAGUGGUGAUUCUGAGGAUUUGUGUGGUUUUGAUGAUGAUCUGACGGUGUACGAGUUCUCUCGUCAGAAACGAAUCAACAAACCACCCCAGUCCACUGCACCUUCCUCUGCCCCUUCUUCCAACAUCCUGUCUCUGCUAAGAGACUCACCUCACCCCCUUUCAACCUCUUCUGAGCUUAGUCCUCUCUUUACGCCACCCCGGCCUAGACCCCUGGGUUACAACCCAUUGGACAAUCCACUACGGGAUCUUCAAGAAAGACGAUAUGUAACAGGCCUAAAAGGCACUGGGCUUAAAGGGGGCUACACAUCCCUACACAAAGAUAUUGAUGAACUUCUGCUGGUGCUUAAGAAUGGUGAGACUGCAAUAAAUCCUCCAGGCCAGAAGGCGCUGUGUCAAACGGCUAGUGGUAUUAAUGGCAAUUCAUUUUCUGAAACGGAGCGCUGUUUAGUGCAGGCUGAGGCACGGAGGCUGGCCUCAGGAUGCCAGCGUGCCACGCGAGUUGGUUGGGCACCAGAUGAUGCUCUUCUCUCAUUGGGCAAUAGCUUUGGAGCUUUGGUACAUCUAGCAGCAGCUUGCCUUCAAGUGUCCUGUUCAGACUGUGGAAGUUGCCAUGGUGAUAUUGAUGGCACUGAGGCUCUAAGGAAGCUUCAAGAAAUUGUGUGUUUGUACAAGGAGUUUGUGAUAGCUGUAGAAGCAGCCCGAGAGGGAGAGGGCGUCAGGUUGUUAGCUAAACAAUGCACGGUUCUCAUCUCUACAGUCUUCACUCUAACACAGCUUUUCAGGACACACACUCCAGACACAGACAACAGACAUUUACCCCUAAACUUCUGAACUUGAACUUUUAAUUGAAAGAGAGCAGAUAACUUGUAAAGAGAAUGAUAAUCCUUUUCUUUGGAUGUAAAGACUUUGAAUGUGUGCUGGCACACAUGAAAUACAAGUAAGUGCCGUGUUCACACACACACACACACACACACACACACACACACACACACAAACACACAUAUGCACAAACACACAAAAUCUCAGUCAAACUCAUGAACAGGCAAAUAAGUCUACCAAAAUGUAGAACCUUUGUCCUCUAAAACUGUUGGUCUUGCCAAGUCUCCUUAUGAACUUUAAACAGGAUAUGGUUUUAUUGAUACACACAGUAGCUAUUUUCUAACAAUAUCUUAUUUCUUUAAGUAUGUAUUCAAGUACUUAUUUAUUUUUACAUACUAUGUGUACGCACCGUGGAUUAUAACCUAUACCUAGAUCUUUGUUUUGUUGUAUGUAAAGUCCUACCUCUUGGUCUAAUAACUAGUGAAACCUGAAAGAAAUAGACAGUGUUAUGGUGUCCAGUGUCUGUAUUUUUUUCUUUUUUUUGUACUGCUCUUCACUGAUUUAGGCAUGGUACUUCAUAAGAUGGACAAAGCAGACACCAACCCCCUUUCUUCUCCCUGCUCCUGACCAUGUGUACAUAUAAUAGAUGCUUAGAAAGGAUGUAUAAAACACUCGGUAGCAUUUGAAUUGUGUGCAGUAAUUUAUCAACUCACUUUCCCAAGUUUGUCUUCUUUCUUUUUGUUUGAAAGCUGGAUAGAAAUGGGAAUGAGAAAUCUGAAAGUGUUUAAAUUUAUAUCUAUAUAUCAGUAUGAACGUUAAUGUUCCUUUUUCAUUGGCAAGUUAGCUUACUGUUAAUGGUAGCGAUCAGUUUUAUCCAAAGAUGAUACAGCACGAGGUGCUCUGUCAUUGUGACCAUUCGUUUCUAGCACUAGUCAAACUCAACUAUUUUUACUUCUUUUAUUACUAUGCAAGUGUCACUAAUUCAUAGCUGUUGUCAAAGUUUUUGUAUUGAACAUUGCUCAUAUCUGAUCAAAACUGUUUUGAUAAAGGGGCUUCCCAAACAAACCUAAGCCUUAUUCUUGAUCUAAAAGUACUUUUAAAGAAAAUAUUCUGGAUCAAGGUCAAAUUAAGUACUUAUGCAAUUGCAACCUGGAUCAUAAUUUGCCUUCUGAUGAUUGGAGGGAAAACAUUGCCAGGUAUUAGUACUAGUGUUUCAAUAGUUCUUUAGGAUGCAGCCCAAAAUUGAGUUCAGCAUUUUAUUACAUAUGUUCAAAUUCAUUGUGUCAUAAAAUGUUCUCUUCAGAGCAAAGUAAAGCUCUAUAUGGUCACUGGUAGCAUUCAUCAUUUCAUCUUUUUAUAUAAAAGUAACGUCUGAGGUUUGAAUCUGCAUGAGAGAGCCUGUUCUAAAUCAGUGUAAACUGUCAGUUCUGGAAGAUGAUUAAAAGAUAACUUAACCUAGUCCUUAAAGCUUGUUGCACUUGUAAGUGAUCAAUUAUGAAUAUAAUAUGGUUUAACUAAAGUCAUGACAUUAGAGGAGAGCUUCCAGACAUCACACAUCUCAGACUACAUGACACGUCAAACAAUCAAAUUAAACAUUACAAAGUUGUAAUGUUGUAGUGCUGAAGGCAACCGGUCACACUUACAAGAGUAGCAUAAAAAAAAUAGCGAAAUGUCGCGUUUUCUUAUACUGGUACUCACUAUUGCAUUUGUGGUCUUGUUUUUUGUUAAAUCUUUGUAAAAUUUGUUCCAGCACGCCAGCACAAGUUCUGACACUAAUCGUUACUCUGACAGAGAUGUCUAUCAGCCAUAUCAAACUACCUGAAGGAGGACAACCUCAAAUGGUCCUAUAGCUGUUGUUUUGUUGUUGGUUUUUUUUUUCAUAAUUGUAGCAAAUAAAAAUGAGAAAAUUGUACUAAGUUAAUCUGUGUAUGCGGAUAGCUUGCAUUCGGAGUCCACAUAUAUAAACCCAGACUAACGCUGAACAGUGAGGAAUUGUCUGAAUAAUGAAGGGACAAUCGUGAAGUCAUUUUGCAUUCCUUCUACUGUAUCAAUAAUUAAAGAAUGAAAUUGAAUGGAAUCUGCUUCUGAAUUGUUUCUUUUCUAAGUGUCUUUCUUCCAGAUUUAUUUUGUAUGUAUUGUAUUGAAUUUUUUUUUUAUGUAUUUUACGAACUUGUUCAUUUUGUGUAUUCAUUC